CAAGAGCCCAUUCUGAAACCUUUUUAUUGAACUCUGUGAGAUCAAAGGUUCAGCUUUGCAUUGCUUUUGUUACUUGUGGGUUUUGUGUGUUUUGUUAUUAAUCUUUGCUCCUCUUUAACUAGUGAUUUACAUGGCAAGAUAACUGGGAGGAGUUUCUCAUAGCAGCAGUGACUCAGAAUAUUAGAAACGAAACUUACAGCUGCAGGAGAAUGAAACAGAAAAAUUCUCUCUGACUUUUACACUUACCAGAGACACGCCGAGGAGAUUUUAGCACAGCGAUAAACAGAAUCAGAAUCCACGUUUCCACAGAUAUGUGGCACAUCCCUAAAAGCUGCAAAAUGGCAGCCAAACAAAAUACUUGUCUAGAGCUGCCAACUCUUGGAAGAUCUUUCCAGCUGGGAGUGCUUUACGACUGUCGCCCUGACGCCAUUAUUCCAGGGACCACACUAUGGGAUUCAGAAGCCUUGAAGAACAAUGCUGACCUUCAGCCUCAGCCUGGUACUGAUACCCAGCUGAUCACAGCAGACUCCCCUGAGGACAAAGCUGCAGCUUUGAGCAUUGCACUGCCAUUGAAGGCAAGCGUUUUAAGUGGGCUUGUUGAUUUAAAAGGGUCAGCAGAAUACUUGACUUAUAAAAGCAAAUCUAGAGAAUGUGUCAGAGUUACUCUGUUACAUAGAACAUCAGUUCAAUUUGAGGAACUGAACAUGGCUAACAUGGGGCAGCACAGUAUCUCCUACCCAGAAGUAUUUGACAAAGGCACAGCAACACAUGUCGUUACUGCAGUGCUGCAUGGAGCGCAGGUGUUUCUUGUGUUUGAUUGCAAAGUCCUUCCUUCUGAGAACAAGGACGACAUCCGCAGAAAACUGAAGUUACUGAUCAAAAACAAACUAAUAGAUAAAGGGAACGGUGACCUAAAAGAGGAAGAAACAUUAAAUAUUUCUGAAAUCAACUGCACCUUUCAUGGAGAUUUUCCACUUCCAAAGAAUCCUGUGACCUUUCAAGAAGCCAUUGACAUAUAUUCCACUCUACCAAACUUACUGGGUGAAAAUGGAGAGAAUGCUGUGCCAGUGAAAGUGUGGCUUCACCCCUUGAACGAUAUAGACUCCAGGGCUGCCCAGCUUGUUCAUGAAAUACGUGGAGAUCUAGUUGAUUCUUUACAGGCUGUUCUGGAAGAGCUGGAUGAAUUUGAAAUGCUGUGCACUGACAUGAUGAAAGAUGAAGUUACACUGAAGUUCUCUGUGUUUAAUAAAAAGUUGCAGCAAUUCAAAGAGUUCUGCUUAGAGUACAAAUUGUGUUUCCAGAAACAUUUAUCAAGAAUGAUUCCAUUGAUCCGUAGAGGUGAAGAGACAGAAGACGUGAUUGUGGACAUCCUGAAAACCAGAGAACAGUCACCAUUCAGCAAGAGUGCACUGAAGGCAUGGCUGGAUGACAAAGAUAAAGAGAUGGCAGUCGUACAAUCUUACGUCAGAAUGCUAAACAAUCUGAAAAUGAUGUCAUCAGAAAAGAAGCUAAUUGAAGAGGUUUUAGAUCCAGUUGCAGAACACGUUGUAUGCUUCAUGUUUACCUCAUUGCAAAAUGAAGAAACCUAUCUGUCAGACCUGUCAAACUACCUGCAGUCCCAAAACAAUGAGAACCUACCAGGGCAGGUAGUCGCUCCCUAUGAUUAUGAAAAGCAAGUAGGACAGCAGUGGUUCAAAUUGCCAGCAGUUUCCAAAAGGAUGCGGAGCUACGCCAGGCUUUUCUUGGAAUUCUCAAAAGCCAACGCGGCUUCAGAGCACAUUAAAUUCAUUGUAGCUUCCAAAGAAGAUACAGAUUAUGAAGGAGCAUCAAUUUACCUGUAUGACGAAGGUUAUUUGGAGAACACAAACUUUGAACCUCUAUCAAAGCCUGACCCUCCACAGAUUCUUAACAAUACACACAACAGUGUUACACUGAAGUUAAUGCCACCAUGUCACGGUGUUGCUGAAGUAGAAAAGUACAAGGUAGAGUAUAGAGAUGUGGAAAAAGAAAUCUGGGCAUUGGUAGAAACCCCAGACAAAGCUGAACCAUUUACUGUGAACGGGUUACUUCCCAACACACAGUACCAAUUCAGAUAUUCAGCAGUAUGUAAAGCAGGAGUCAGUGCAUCUAGUGAGAUAAGUGCCAAUGUGACCACACAUCCCACAAGCCAGUCUGAUAGUGUAACAGGCUCCACAGAACCAGAUCCACCAAGCAAGAAAGAGUGUGCUGUGGUUAGAGAUAGGACUGGACAAGGUCCAUACUCUACGGAAAAUAUAGACACAUCGCAAAACACCAACAGGAAUAAACAGAACAAAGGCAUGGGAGCGAGAUCAGAAACUAACCAGUACCAAGGUAGUGUUCAUACCUCACAGUAUGAAAGAGAUCCCAAACACAGGAAAGAGAGAUAUGACACGUCUCAAAGGGGAGGCUUAACUGACAGGAAGCCAAGAAGACUUGCUGAACAUGUUCGUAAUAAAAUGAGCAGAAAAAGUAAAGUGAAUUCAAACACAAAACUUUCCUUGUUCAAUAUGAGUCUGUGGGAAGAGAAGCUAGACAAGGAUGGAUACUGCAGAAGACAUACAUUUGGAAAAGCAAGCCAAAAACAUAACAAGACGAUUAUGCUAAUUGGAGCCACUGGGGCAGGUAAAACUACACUCAUCAACGGGAUGAUCAACUACAUCCUGGGAGUAGAAUGGGAGGAUAACUUUCGAUUUGUGUUAAUUGACGAAGGGAAGCAGAAAUCCCAGGCUGAAAGUCAGACAGCAGCGAUCACUGCAUACAAAAUUAAUCAUAUGAAUGGAUUUCAGGUUCCAUAUUCCCUUACUAUUGUAGAUACUCCAGGAUUCGGAGACACAAGAGGAAUAAAACACGACCAAAGAAUCACUGAGUUGGUCCGUGACUUUUUUUCUCAACCUGGAGGUAUUGACCAGAUUGAUGCCGUCUGCUUCGUAACUCAGUCCUCGCUUGCUCGCCUAACCCACACACAGAAAUAUGUGUUUGACUCCGUUCUUUCCAUAUUUGGGAAAGAUAUUGCCGACAACAUUGUCAUGCUGGUCACCUUUGCAGAUGGACAGAAGCCACCGGUUCUUGAGGCAAUCAAAGUAUCCUGUAUACCUUGUUCAAGAGAUACAGCAGGAGACCCGAUUUACUUCAAAUUUAACAACUCAGCUCUAUUCGUUGACAAUACAGGACCCAGUAAGUCAGCUAGUGAAGAUUUUCAGAGCAAUGACUUUGACAAAAUGUUCUGGAAGAUGGGCUCAGCUAGCUUUUCUAAAUUCUUCAAUUCCCUGGUGAAGAUGGAAACUAAGAGCUUAGUUCUAACACAAGAAGUUCUUCAAGAGCGAAAGCAGCUGGAAGUGGUUGUGGAGGGUUUGCAACCCCAAAUCAAUGCUGGUCUGACAACACUCGAUGAAAUAAAAAAGACUAAGCUUGCUUUGGAACAACAUCAAGCAGAAAUGGAGGCCAAUAAGGACUUUGAGUAUGAAAUUGAAAUAACAAAACCAGUCCAGGUGGAAAAUACAAGUGGCUAUAUAACCAACUGCCAAAACUGUCACUUCACGUGUCAUGAUCAUUGUAUCUAUGCAAAUGACAAAGACAAGGAUAAAUGCUCCGCUAUGGAUAAGACAGGCUACUGCAAAAUUUGUCCUGGCAAAUGUAUCUGGAAUGUUCACUUUAACCAAAAGUACAAAUGGAGCUAUGUCAUCACAAAGGAAAAGAAAACAUACAGUGAGCUGAAAGAACGAUUUGAGGCUGCACAUGGAGAAGUAAUGACUACAGAAAAUAUAUUUCAAAAGCUUGAAAAUGAGUUUGCUGCAGUUCAGGAGAUAGUGUACGGUCUUAUUGGUGAAUCACACCGAUGCCUUGGAAGACUGAAAGAAAUCGCUCUGAGGCCAAAUCCACUCUCCACUCCAAAUUACAUUGACCUAAUGAUCGAGUCAGAGAAACAGGAAGCCAAGCCUGGCUUUCAGAAUCGCAUCCAUGUAUUGAUGGAAGUCAGAAAGCGGGCAGAGAUAAUGGAAAAGGUUUUCAGAGGAGAGGUCCUACCAGAAGAGUGGCAGCAGUAUUCAGUUCCACAGAAACAAAAAGGAAAAGGAGUAUUUGGUACAAUUAAAGACUGGUUGUGUUCAGCUGUUGGCCAUGCAUUGAGUUCUCAGUCACAACCGGCACAUUCAGAGAUGAACCAGGUCACCCACAGUGAGAGGGGUAAUCCUCGUGGGGGUUACAAUAUGCAGAGAGGAGGGAGGGAUAGUCCUCGCGGGGCUUACAAUAUGCACAGAGGAGGGAGGGAUAGUCCUCGCGGGGCUUACAAUAUGCAGAGAGGAGGGAGGGAUAGUCCUCGUGGGGCUUACAGUAUGCAGAGAGGAGGGAUGGAUAGUCCUCGCGGGGCUUACAAUAUACACAGAGGUGGGGAGGAUAGCCCUUGUGGUGGGAGCAAUUAUCAAGGUACAGAACAUGGAAGAGGAAGAGGAAGGGAAGAGGAAGCUGGCUUGGUCGUCUGA